CCAUUUUGAUAUUGGUAUUUGGUAAACGGAUCCUCAAAACUGUGUCUCUGCUUCGUCUACUCGUCUACGGCUACCAAGCCAAUCAGGUUCAGAUAGAGAGAGAAAAGGGAAUUAAGGAUUUUAAGAUCAGAAGACGAAAUCAUCAUCAUCAUCUUCUUCUUUUUAUCAUUAUUAUUACUAUAUAGUAAAAGAUUUGUGCACAAAAAAUGGCUUAUAGGAGAAAGCACCACACAUCAACUUCUACUGCUACUUCCUAUGAGGAGGGAGAAGAAGAAGAUGACAGAGUCAAUUCCUAUUCAUCUUCAACUUCACUAGCUGCUAAAGCAAUUAGGGCGUCUUCCGCCGCCGAUCGGGAAUCUUCUCUCUCCUCCGCUUACGGCUUCAACAACCGGUCUUCUUCUUUUCCUCCUUCAAACACCGCGGCGACUACCACCACUUCUUCUUCUCAUUCUUCUUCUUCUUCUUCUUCUUCUUCAAAGGACUCAAAGCCCUAUGAGUAUACGUCAAUAAAUAAAUUGAAUGAAUCCAAACCAGGGUUUUGGGGUAGUCUUGCCAGAAAAGCUAAAUCUAUUCUUGAAGAUGAAAAUGGUCCUCAACAAGUGGAGUCGCCGCAACAAGUGCCUCACAAUUCAACUAAAACCAAGUACCAGAAUCCAUACCCAUCUCAAGAGAGCCAUCGAAAAACAGACAGUCCUAAAUUACAGAAGGGACUGAAUGCUAUCUCAUCCUCCCUAAAUUAUAUUGGCAAUGCUGUUGAGGAGGGUCUUACUAUUGUGGAGAAUAGGACUGCUGACAUUAUCCAAGAAACUCGUAAGCAUAUCAGGAAAAAGCCUAGUGGUGCUGCUGCACAGAAUCAGGCAACUAAUCGUGGUAGUACAUGGCAACAGUCUCAGAUGCAAACUGACCAAGAACUUCAACUUAAAGCAUCUCGCGACGUUGCUAUGGCUAUGGCUGCAAAGGCAAAGCUUCUUCUUCGAGAGUUAAAAACUGUUAAAGCGGAUUUGGCUUUUGCUAAGGAGCGAUGUGCUCAACUGGAGGAGGAAAAUAAAAUCCUUCGAGAGAAUCGUGAAAGGGGGGACAGCCCAGAAGAUGAUGAUUUGAUUCGUCUUCAACUUGAAACUCUAUUGUCAGAGAAAGCUCGAUUGGCACAUGAGAAUUCAGUCUAUGCUCGUGAGAAUCGUUUCCUAAGGGAGGUUGUCGAAUACCAUCAGCUUACAAUGCAAGAUGUUGUAUACUUGGAUGAGGGCACUGAGGAAGUAACUGAAGUUUAUCCUAUCAAGUUAGUGUCCAAUACACACUUUAACCCCACAUCUCUACCUUCUUCACUGCCUACUGAAGCUCUCCUUGAUCCAAGUCUGCAAGUAACCCGAGACAUCGCUCCUCACCCUGUCCGACCACCAGGAGUUUUGGAGGAUGCUCAGAGUGCUGCCCGACCGAGUUCAUAUAGUGCUGCAACGGGUCCAAAAAAGUACUCAAAUCCUUCUGUUUGAAUAGAUCAUUACUUCAUGUCCUAUAUUUUUUUGCUAGUUGGAAAUUGUAACUGUAUGUUAUUGCUCUUUAUUUACCUUUCUGUUAUUCAUUUUCAGUCUUUACUGGGCUGACACUGUUGUAUAUUUGAUACUCAAAUGUGCUCUACGCUUGCUAUAAUGUUAAAACCAUUUUAACGACUGUUAGCCUCAUAGUCUAAUUGUCAGCA